AUGUCGGAGCGCAGUUUCACCGAACUGGCACAAAAAGUGCUGGACCACUGUGUGCUGGAAAGACAAAACAUACCGUCGCAGCCGAUUGUUAAAGUAAUCCCUUGGGAUAAAGAGAGAGAUAUAGGGAAUAUCGCAAGACCGCCUCAGUUUCCAGCCUCAAUUGACACCACUCUUUCGAAUGCAGAGACAAUCUUUGGUUAUCGGGUCCGCAUGGACCAUCCAAAAUUCUUUGGCUUCAUCCCAUCGCCAGCAUCUGAUCUGUCCUGGUUAGGCGAAGUCCUCAACUCGGCUUAUAACACGCAUGCCGGCAGCUGGUUCCAAAGUUCCGGACCUAGUGCCAUCGAAAAACACUUUUUAUCGUGGUUGACUAGGGACAUAAUCGGAUAUCCUGAGACAGCUGGAGGGUGUUUUGUUUCCGGCGGCUCAAUGGCUAAUCUGUCCGCACUCAUGUUAGCACGGGACCAGAAACUCUCACUGGAAGAAAGAAACAAGGCUGUCGCAUACACUUCUAGUCAAACGCAUUCAUCGCUGGCCAAAGGGUUGGCCAUUCUUGGAUUUUACCCUGCUCAGAUCCGCAAAGUCGCCUGCGAUGACAGCAUGCGCAUUGACACGACGUUGCUAAGGUCAGCUAUUGAACAAGACAAAGCUGCGGGCAGAAUCCCAUUCCUCAUCGUUGGCAACGCUGGAACUACAAACACUGGCACCGUUGAUCCAUUUACAGAGCUCGCGGCCAUCUCCAGAGAACAAAACUUAUGGCUUCAUGCUGAUGGUGCGUACGGUGCAUCUGCCCUACUUUGCCAGGCACGCCGCGCCAUUCUUAAUGGUGUUGAGCUCUGUGAUAGCAUCUCUUGGGAUGCUCAUAAGUGGCUCUUCCAAACAUAUGGCUGUGGGAUGGUUCUCGUACGACAUCGCAAAUUUCUGACGGAAAGCUUUGGGACGACUGCAGAAUACACCCAGGACGCCGCCGAGACGGCUGAGUCGCUACCAAAUUUCUGGAACUAUGGACCCGAACUUACGCGGCCGGCAAGAGCAAUGAAGUUGUGGUUUUCCUUCCAACUCCUAGGGUUGGAUGCAAUCGACAAAGCUAUCAAUCGAGGGUUCGAAUUGGCGGAGAUAGCACAAUCGUCACUAGAGCGCCUAAAAGACUGGGACAUACUGUCUCCAGCACAGAUGGGUAUCAUUUGUUUCCGGUUUCAUCCUCCCCAUGUUCCUGCUGCAAGUCUAGAUGGUUUGAAUAUGAAGAUUUCACAAAAAGCAAUCGAGAAUAACGUGGCAGCGCCUUUGACGACGAGAAUACGAGAAGUUUUGGUGGUUGUAGGAGGUGGCACUGCCGGCUCAGCUCUGGCGACGAGGCUAAGCCAAGGCUUGCCAAACAAAAGCAUCCUGUUGAUCGAGGCCGGCCCUGAAGCGUUGGAUGAAGAUCGCAUCAAUAUUCCUGGCAUGAAGGGGUCGACACUGGGCACAAUUUACGAUUGGAACUUCACUACCGUGCCCCAAAACGCACUCAACGGCCGAGUUCUUGGAGCCAACAGAGGCAAAGUGCUUGGUGGAAGCUCGGCAUUGAACUUGAUGACGUGGGAUCGAUCUUCUUCUGAGGAGUACGAUGGCUGGGAGCGACUCGGAAAUCCGUCCUGGAACUGGGAGAACAUGAUUACUGCAAUGGAGAUGGUGGAGACUUUUACAGGUAUCAAUACGUCUAGCUAUGGCGACCAAGGAGUUGGUACUAGCGGACCUAUCCACACGGUGAUAAACAGGGUAAUACCCGCGCAACAGGACCUGUGGCUGCAAUCAAUGGCUGAUUUGGGGAUUCCGCAUAACCUCAAUUCUUUGGGCGGGAAUCCUAUCGGGUAUAUGAACCAGCCUAGCAACGUCGACCCGCGAACAUGGGCGAGAUCUUACGCUGCGAACUCUUAUAUCCCAGCAGCAGGAAAGAAUCUCCAUUUGCUACUAGGGGCGCGCGUGGCCAAGGUGAACUUACGCAAGGGCCAAAGUUCUUAUACUGCAAUUGGUGUUACGCUACAGGAUGGCACCGUUAUCCAGGCUACGAGAGAGGUCAUUCUAUCCUGUGGCACAAUCCAAAGUCCAGGCCUGCUAGAGCUGUCCGGCAUUGGAAACAAGGCGGUACUCUUGAAGGCAGGUGUAGACCAGAUUAUUGACCUCGAUGGCGUGGGGGAGAACUUGCAGGACCACGUUCGAUACCAAGCAUCUUAUCAACUGAAGGAUAACUUCACUUCGUUUGACAUACUUAAGUACAAUGCCACGUAUGCAGCCGCACAGCUUGCAUUAUGGCGUGCAAAGCAGCCCUCUUUGUAUGAUUACACCGGAAGUGGAUACGGCUAUCUAAACUGGCAUCAGGUGGUGGGCAGUCUAGCUACCAAACUCAACUCUCUCGCACAACAUGUGGUGCUUUCGCUCGGCUCUAUUGUCGAUAAGAGAAAACUACAGUAUAUUGGGUCACUUCUGUCGCCGCAGGUGGAAAUAAUCUUCUCAGAUGGCUACACGGGAGUAAAGGGCUACCCCGCUAACGGCUCCUCUCUGUAUGGAAAGGGCUUCUUCACUCUUAUUGGUGUCGUGAUGCAUCCUCUCAGCCGCGGCACCAUUCACAUCACCUCUAUGGACAUCGAUGCUACACCGCAAAUUGACCCACAGUAUUUAUCCAACGAGUACGAUGUGCAGGCCGCUAUUGAGGCUGCCAAAUACUGCCGCAAGAUUGCAAAUUCUGCGCCGCUCUCUUCAGCAUGGGUGACGGAAUAUGAACCAGGCGGGGCUGUCCAGACGGACGAGGACUGGCGUCAAUAUGUUCUCAACACCACCCUAUCCAUAUAUCAUCCUGUUGGAACAUGCGCCAUGCUUCCUCAGAGAGACGGUGGAGUGGUAAGCCCAGAACUCAUAGUUUACGGGACUACUAAUCUACGUGUUGUGGACGCAAGCAUCAUCCCCGUUCUUCCGUCCGCACAUAUCCAAACAGCCGUAUAUGGUAUCGCUGAGCGUGCAGCUCGCAUGAUUAUUCAAGACUCAUAG